AGGAUCUUCUGGUCUGAGAUUUGGGCUUGGGCCUUAAUUCUGAAAUGGGCCUGAUAGCUAAAGCCCAUUUUAACGGUUAUCUGCUCUCUCUCUCUCUCUCGCUCUACGAACCUGAGCAGAGCGGCUCGCCGAUAGCUUACAAUGGCGGAACCUCUGUAAACGCCGGAGCCAUGUCGCUGACGAUCUCCUCUCUUCCCUCCGCUCGCCUCUCUCUCGGAAACCCUCCUCAACUUCGAAGCAAACCCACAUUCGCAGCUCAGUUCUGGCCUCGUUUCCAUGGCCGAACCAUUCCGUUUGAUGCUCUCAGACCCAGAACCCUACCGGCCGGUCAGGGAUUCGCCCAAAAGAUUUUCCUGCUUCCGAGAGCUAAUCCGGAAUUGCUCGGCAGUAGGAAUAUAGAGUUCCGUUUGAACGCAGAGAGUGAUGGAGGAACGGGAGCUGAGAUGGACGAGGCAGAGAGAGCGGCGAGGGGAGAGAGCACCAUGCCGGAGCGGUUCAGGUACUUGACCAAGGAAGCUCCUGACCCUCCUGUUCGGUGGCCCUUCUUUGUCGCUGCGGCAUUUCUCAUAUAUGCAUGGAGGGCAGUUCUGUUCGAACUAUCUAACUGGAGGAAAGCUUUGUGGGCAAUUGUGGGCCUUGUGGGGUAUCUCCUGAAACUCCUCUUAGCCCUCAUUUUCCAUUUCAUUGGAGAUCCGGUCACUUCUACAAUCAGAUUUAUCGAGACCACACUAUACUCCAUUCGAGCAUUCUACUCCAGUAUAGUUUCAUACGCUCCAGUUCCCGAGCUCACCACAGUUAUCAUUCUUGCAUCUUUGGUUCUUGCAAUUGCCGAGGCCGUUGUACCUGAUGCCGUAAAGAGCCAACCUAAAACUCUCACAUUUUCGGGCUUAAUAGGUUAUGCUGCUGUGAAGGGCUAUAUCUCGGAGCCCUUCUUCUGGACCUUGCUGGUUGGGAUUUAUGGAUUCUCACGUCUGAUAAAGAGGAGAGAUGAUGUCUCUUCUGCUUUGCCUGCUGCGGCUGUUAUGGUCGGAAUAGGGGAGCCUUGGGUCAGAGCAGUGGUGAUAAUCUCAUAUCUCGCAGUAGCAAUGUAUCACCAUUCGAGAAAGCUAUCGAAAGGCAAUGUAGCUGAAGAGGAAGUAAUGGAGAGAAGGCUCCCAUUGCCCCUGUUGGGUGUGGCUUUGGCAAUUGGAAUUCGUGUUGCUGCUAAAUGGGCUGGGUAUCGGCAUCUGACAUGGAUGACCGUAUGAUUGUUCGAAAGUUAGUCUUGUCUCAGGUAGUUUUGAGGGACAGGGAAGUGUAUGAACUACUGUUUUGUAGUGCUGUUUCGUCUACAUUUUUUGCUACUUUCUGUAGUUAACUUGUCAAGAAGCAAGUUAUAGCAAUCAAUUUUCCCCGUA